CCGCCCCCCACGCACCCCGCGCCGCCUCCACCGCGCACCUGGCGCCCGACGCGCACCCCGCGCACGCACUUCUCUCCGUCGCGCACGCGCUGCUCUGCCCCGCCAGUACCAUAGCCAAUCCCAGCCAGACCGAGAAGACCGCGCCAGUAGCGGAUCUCUCGGUCCUGCCCAUAGACGAAGUGACGAUGCCGACGGAAGACGUCAGCGACCUCCGAGACGUCGUCGACGCCAUCAACAGACUGUGUGAAACUAUGAAGACUUCGAGCUACGAGGACAGCGAGGAUUAUUUUCCAGUGGAAGCACCCCAGUGUAGCGAACCCGCCGAGAUGCGGUUCGUCAAUCCCGUAGAGUCUCUCCGGUACGAGCCUCCGGACGUCGUGCAGAGCGACUAUCCCGUGGACUCUCCGCAGUCCACCGUGCCGCAGUACGAGGAGUGUAGUACGGAACUCGUGAGCCCCGAAGAGGUGUCGGUACGCAGAGUGGAGGCCUACCGUGCCGAGAGGUGGAGAGAUUCCCAGGAGGACGUGGAAACGGUGACGUCGGACACGGAGCCCGCGAUAGCGCAGUUCGAGCCGAUAAGCGAAAUGUACUACACGGCUUCCUCCGAGGUGUCGUUGCUGUCCGAUUUAGAUUUACCCGAGCGAGCGAAUAACGAUGAAGAUAACCCACCCGAGUCGAAGGAGAAGGACGAGAGGAAGGAAUGCGUUAUAGCCGGCCACGUCGCAGCCAUGAGGGAGAGAUUCGAGAGUAUGACGCGGACGAACACGCCCUGUCCAGACCUCACGAGGUCGAUGUCCCCGUCGCUCGACGUCUUCAGAAAUAUAACACCCUCGCCUGAUCGCUUAGGAUAGUCAAUAUUGAAAGUGUUCUAAUGGUUCUUUAGGUAAGGUUGUUGCGAGUGUAUGUGAACGGAAGAUUUUGUAACCUCUUUGUGGAAUAAUUAAUACUAAUAUUCGCAUUGAUAGUCCUAGUUUUCAUAUUUAACACCAAUUAUAAUAGUCUACGUGCCAACUGAAGUUGAAGGGUUGUGAUUAUUUUCCGUAAUUACAUCUGAUCGCAAUUAAUGUACUGGUACAUAUCGAGAAAGAUUGUUUAGUUUUAGCUGUUGUUUAGCCAUUUUUAGGCGCUAAAGGAUUAUAGACCUUAGGGAGUACGGUGACCGGAGCCGUUAGGAUAUUGUAAUCAUUUAUAACGAAAUAUUCAAAUAAUCUUUAUUCUAUGUUGUAUUUAUUGUGAUCUUGGAAGCUCAAAUUUUGUAGUUUUGUAUCUUAUAAAAAAUAGAUGUGAUUUGUAACAGAUAUACACCUUAUUCGUCAGACCAAGUAGCGGUAAUGUGCUAUAGUGUAGCAUUAGACAUUGAAAUAAAGUUAAUUAUUUAUUGGAUGCAAAUCACAAAGUACAAGAUCCAACUGCACAUGUAUUACAAGAAGUAUUUUCUGUUGCAUUAUUGGAAGUUGCCAUAAAUAGUUCUAAGCAUAACGUUAAUUGUUUGUUGACAAAUUAUUUUUAAAUAGCUCCCUUUGUUUAUUUUGAAAUUAUCUGUUGUGAGUUUUCUAUUGAAUAUUUGAGUAAAAAUUUUCUAUGGUGAUACUAGUUAAUGCAAUAAUUUUAUUAUAUAAUUUUUACACGUAUUUAAUAAGCCUGUUGUAUUUCGAGUACUUAUGUGAGGGGUUGGUAUUAACAUUUAUUCAGUCUAGUGAUAGUUGUCAUGUAUUAUAAACGUGUUAUGUGUACAGACCAGACCUUUUAUUAUUGUGAUUCAAUAUAGGGCUU